AUGCAGACUGGAAGCACACAACCCGCUCAGUCGGGCUCAAGCAAAAUUACCAUCGCCCCUAUGCAGUCAGUGCUAACGACCAUCUUAUCAGAGGGUAGCCACAUGACAUGGAGCCUGGGCCCCCAGGAGAGUGUGGAGCGACGAGUUCUGAAGGUGCUGCUGCAUCUCGAGACGGACUUCCGCAGUUACUACAAUUUGUGGCGCAGGGGAAUGGUGCUGCAGCGUGAGGCAGCGGAUAUGCUCUGGGGCCUUACGCAACGCUAUAUGAUAAUAAUGAAGGCCGAUCCCACCUGUAUCUGUCCACAGAACUAUGCUAUCGAGCCGGAGGAGGUGCUUAUUGCUGAAUAUAACGUGCACUACAUGAUCAUCCAGAACUCGAACGAAGAGCAGAACUUCACGUUGAGGUCAAUGCGCCACAAUGUGGUGCAGUUCCGGAAGAGUUGCAACAAAUUGGACUUGACCAAGGAGACGCCGUUCAUCAUGGGCGACACCUUCCACAAGCCGAUUAAGUUCUUCAUCGAGCUAGUCGAUGAGUUAUUCAAUUAUUUUUACAGCGGCUAUCUUAAGCUCGACUAUAUGGCAAACCAACUGGAUCCACUCGACCUCAAACCACUGGAGGAGUACAGGGAACUGUUAAAUCCCAGCGAGGAGUUCGAAGAAUAUCUAAUGCUUAGCUUGACGUACUGCAAGUGCCUGGUGCCGGAGCCGUGUCCCCGAUUUGUUCCGGAUAAGUGUGAAGAGACGCCUCCACAGACGAAACAGGAUCUCAAAAAGAGUCGUUGCUUGGCUCGGCGCGCCGAAAUGAUGGGCGAGACUGGCGAGGUAAAGGACACCCGGCCAUCGAGUAAAACAUCGAUUCGAGCAAUAAAAACGAAGGCCAAUGUCAUCAAAGCGUAUUCUUAAGGCCGGUUUUUUGCCAACCAGUAAUAUUUCAGUUGUCUCGUAACGCUAAGUCACAGAUUUCGUUCAAUUAGCCAUUGCCUCUUUUUGAAAACAUUUUUGAAAACUUGGGAACUUGCUAAAUGCGGAAAUGUGUGAUGAAAUGAAUGUGAGGCCCAUUAUUGAUUUCAUUGCUUAAUAUGUCCAAUAAAAUUCAUUGUAAAUCGAAA